GCUCCAAUACCAUUCGCGCCUGCGGCCAUGGGCCUCAUCCUUCUGGGAGUAAGGUCGCGACGAUCAUUCUUCAUGAUCCUGUUGACGAUCCAGGAGUACCACAUGUGGCUGAACGAGCUUUACGACCAGGAAAUGCUGUGGCUUCGUGUGCGGAUACGUGUCCUGACCUGGAUGCAGAGGUACUUCAUGCUCCGGUUGGCGAUCCAGUUGGGAUGCGAGAAAGCCAUGAGGGGGUUGAAGCCAUGGGGUGUGAUCUUGAGGCUGCCCUUACAGAUGGUGCGCUGAUGGCGGUGGAGAUCAGUGGAUUGGUGACAGAUGAAGGGUCACGAGUGGAUGAGAAGUCGGAACAGAGUCCGAGAGGGUCGCAUGGGUCUGUGGAGAAGAUGGGUGACAGCUGA